AUGUUCAAACGGUGGCUGCUGGCCCUGGUGGCCCGUGUCGGCCUCAUCGUGUUGGGCCUCUGCUGCUGCCUGUCGCUCUUCUACCUCCUGGCCUGUAAACCUGCAUCUCACGGCAGCCAGCAGCCUCCGCUGUGGUCUGGAGGAGCCACCAGUAAGGAGGGAUACCUGGCCUUGCUGCAGGAGAGGGAGGACUCUCACAAACACUACAUCAACAGCCUGACGAAGCAGAUAGCCCAGCUGAAGGAGGCUCUCCAGGAGAGGACGCAGCAGCUUCAGGAGUCGCUGGACAAAGCUAAAACUAAAGGGGUUCUGCCUCAGGGUCUGGAGAGUCUGCACAAAACUCCGGCGCAGUCCGACCUGAAGGAGUUCUUCCGCUCCCAGCUGAGCCAGGCAGAGGUGAACUCAGGUGUGAAGCUUCCCAGCGAGUAUGCACUGAUUCCUUUUGACACUUUCACCCUGCAGAGGGUGUACCAGCUGGAGACGGGGCUGACGAGGCACCCAGCCGAGAGGCCUGUGAGGAAAGACCGCCGAGACGAGCUGAUAGGCACCGUGGAGACGGCUCUGCAUGUCCUGAACGGACCUCAGCAGCACGCCGACAACAUCAGGAGGAAGCACGCGUACUCCCCGUCUGACUUCAUACAGGGGCUGACUCGCACAGAGCGGGACAGGGGAAGCGUUUACGAGCUGAUGUUUCGAGGCAGCGGCCAGCAGGACUUCACGCAGCUCGUCCUCUUCAGGCCGUUCGGCCCGGUGAUGAAGGUGAAGAGCGAGAUGGUGAACACGCGGGGGAUGAUCAUCAACGUCAUCGUGCCUCUCUCCAAGAGGGCCGACGCGUUCAAGCAGUUCAUGAGCAACUUCAGAGAGGUGUGCAUCCGGCGGGACGGCAGGGUUCAUCUCACCGUGGUCUACUUCGGUCGAGAUCAGAUCGACCAGGUGAAAGCUGUGAUGGACCAAACCACCAGAGAGACUCGGUUCAGGAGCUUUACCUUGAUCCAGCUGAACGAGGAGUUCUCUCGCGGUCGGGGCUUGGACGUGGGCGCCAGGGCUUGGAGGCGGAGCCAAAACGUCCUGCUCUUCUUCUGUGACGUUGACAUCCACUUCACCGCCGACUUCUUGACUUCCUGUCGUCUCAACGCAGAGCCUGGUAAGAAGGUUUACUACCCCGUGCUCUUCAGCCAGUACAACCCGUCCAUCAUCUACAGCAACCACACGCUCCUGCCCUCCCUGCAACAACAACUGGUGAUCAGGAAGGAAAGUGGAUUCUGGCGAGACUUUGGGUUCGGCAUGACGUGCCAGUACAGGUCUGAUUUCAUCAACAUAGGUGGCUUCGACUGGAGCAUUAAGGGCUGGGGCUUGGAGGACGUGCGCCUGUACAGGAAAUACCUCCACAGCAAGCUGAUGGUGAUCCGCUCUCCGUCUCGCGGCCUUUUCCACCUGUGGCACGAGAAGAGCUGCGCGGACGAGCUGCCUCCGGACAAGUACAAGAUGUGCAUGCAGACCAAGGCCAUGAGCGAAGCCUCGCACGGCCAGCUGGGGGAGCUCUUCUUCAGACGAGACAUCGAGCUGCACUUGAACUCCCAGAAACUGAGAGAAACC